UGCGCGUGCGCAGACCCAAAGGACGCCCCGACGGCGGUUGAAAAAUGGCGACUGUCGCCGAGCUGAAGGCUGUUUUAAGGGACACCUUGGAGAAAAGAGGAGUGUUGGGGCAUUUAAAAGCAAGGAUCCGAGCUGAGGUUUACAACACCCUGAAUGAUGAAAGUGAACCCCCACCUCCACUGUCUCAUGAAAACCUUCUAAUUAAUGAAUUAAUUCGGGAGUAUUUGGAAUUCAACAAAUACAAGUAUACAGCGUCUGUCCUCAUGUCAGAAUCUGGUCAGCCCGUAGUUCCAUUGGACAGACAGUUUCUCAUCCGGGAACUAAAUGCAUUUGAAGAAUCAAAGGAUGACACAGUACCACUUUUAUAUGGAAUUUUAGCUUAUUUCUUACGUGGAACUAAGGAGGACCUCCAAAAUCCAUUGCUGAGAGGGUCUUCACAUCAGCCUCUAAACCCAGAUCUUGGCAGACCACCUAGCGGAAGAAGGCAAAGGGACGAGCACCUAGGAGAGAAGGGGAGCGUCCGCAGUCAUGAUGACCCUCUCGUGUCUCAAGCAGUGAAGAGAUGACGUUUUCCUCCGGGGCAUCUUUUGUCUCCAAAUUGUGUGUAUUAAGUAGCAUAUUUAUUCUCUCAACGUGGCCAGAAUACGUCACUAAUAUUUGUACUUUGUAGAAAUUCGAGUUUCUGCAAAACAUUGAGCCCCUCCUGUUUUAUUUACUACAUUUGUGAAUAAAAGCGGACUCUGUCAUCCAGCUUCUUGGAUUUGACUUGAAGGAAAAAAACAUUGUUUUCAGAAGGUAUGAUGACGUUUUUUAAAUUUGGGAGAACUGAAGGGAUUUUUUAGUACCCUGUAUUUUCUUAAAAAAAAAAUUCAGAUCUUUGUAGCUGUGUCCUCUACCCUUUAACAAGGUUACAUUAAUUAAAUUUCCUUCAGGCUGGAAUUAUUUGGAUUGAAGAAAAAUCCAUUCAUGUUUAAAAAAAAAAAGCAUUUAAAAGAACACUAAAGCCAGAAAAAAAACUAA